AUGAGCAACUCUUUCCUGAACGACGGUAUACUCCUUCUGUCCAUGCCUGGGCCGAGCAGAGAUCCGUCGUACUAUAUCCACGAUGGAAACACUGUGCUACUCGUUGAAAACACUCUAUUCAAGGUUCACAGAUCGGUGCUCACCAAGGAUAAAUCCGCGUUCGAAACGAUGUUCCAACUGCCUGGAGAGACAGACUCUGCGCGUUCGGAGUCUAGUAUGACAGUCGCGCAGGAGGGCGAGAGCGACGACAACCCGAUCAAGCUGCAGGGUGAUACCGCGGACGAAUUCCGCGCCCUCAUGUGGGCGUUGUAUUCACUACCGCAUGAGCUCACGAUAGCGAUGACCGCCGAAGCGGACUGUACGCAGCUUGCCAAUCUCGUCCGCAUCACGCACAAGUACCAAUUUCGCAACAUCAUGACCUGGGCACUCUCCGCGCUGCACCACUACUAUGCGCGACCCGGUGCGCUGGACGACAUCCUCACCGCCACGCCCUCAAGCUCAAGUACCCCAACACCCGGUCCCCUGGCCCACCCCCCGACAGUUACCGCGGGUGGUCUCCCAACCGCGUCCUCCUCGCAUCCGCCCACGCUCAUCCAACUCACGGAGCUCGCCGCGCUCUGCGAGCGUGCGGACCUGCUCGAGUGCACGCUCGUCCGCUGGAAGCGGCUCAUUGGCGAAGGGCGCGAUCUCGUGCUCGCGAUCGUGAUCGGGGAGCGGUUCACCUUGCGGCCCAUCCUUGGGCUCGCGUACCACGCGCUCAUGCUCCGCGGCAAGGCCGCCUGGGACGCCGAGCCCUCUCUUACGCGCGCGCAGCGCGUGCGCCUCCUCGCGGGAUACUACGCCUUGUCGAAGCUGUGGGACGUCCUCCCCUCGCAGCCCCCGCCCUUGACUCAUAGCGCGCGGUGCACGAGCCAGCAGCGGUGUGCGAAGGCGUGGGGCGCGCUGUGGCGGACCGUGCUGGAGACGGGGACGCAGGUGAUGCCCGGGCUGGCGCGCGAGGACGUGCUGGGAAAGAUCAUGCUCGCGGAGAGCAUGAUGAAGGCGCUCGUGGAGAGGGAGAUUCCGAGCCAGGGCUUCUUGGACGGCAUGCCGCAUUGCAGGGAGAGCGCGCUCGUUGCGACUACGGUGCGGAUGCGGGAGAUCAAGGAGAGUCUGGCCGACUACUUCUCGGUCGAUUUCUAG